GCCCCCAAAAUUACAGCACGGCUCUGGUUUAGAGCAGCACAUUCACACGCGCGCGCGCUCUCUGAUACAAAAAUGUUGAACAGGGUUGUUACGACCACAUCCACGACUACAACUACGACUUCGUCGGAUGGAUUUUUAAACAUUGCUUACUGUCGCUCUUUACCAGGAUUAUUAAAAUUCGCCCAAGUGGUGACCCUAAUGAUUGCCUUCCUGUGUGUCCACUGUGCCUCAGCAUGGACGGAUUACGAUGCGUUUCGUUACUUUGAGGUGGUCACGUUGUGGUUCCUCUUCGCCAUCCUCAUCUUCUUCUUCAUGUCCGUGUUCAGGCUGCAGUCCAAACUGGCCUGCAUUAACUGGCCGCUGACGGAGUUUUUUCACUACGUCCUGGGCACCAUCCUGGUCUUCAUCGCCUCCAUCGUAGCAGCAGUGAAGAGCUCCAGCAUCUCCGCUCUCCUCGCUGGAUCUGUUUUCGGCUUUAUCGCAACUGUUCUUCUCGCGAUCAGUUUAUGGACGUCAUACAAAGUCACGUGCGGCUCUCAGCAAACCAGUAUUGCUUUGUAAAGGGACCCGAUCCGAAGACACAAGAAAGAAUCACUUUGUUCCGUUUCUGUAUCGGGUGCCUCUGAUGUGCUGAGGGUUCGGCCCUGUCCUGAAUGUGGGCGUGGCCUGACCAGCAAGAACAUCGCAGCUCGCUGUCGCUUGUUAGUGUGAGGUUAGAAUAAAACUUUGAGCUUGAAGUGUUGAAACAAAGAAGGUGAUGCGUCAGGAUUGACAGCAGGCUGAAACGACAUGUUCAUGAACGCUGAUUUUAUUGCAUUCUUUAUUACUGUAGGAUUGAAAUUCCUGAUUAGAGAAUUUUGAGUUCGGAUUCAAUAUUUUAUACACAAUAUUUUUCUCAGUUAUGUCUUAUUCACUGCAGCUUUGAGGUGGGUUUACAUAUAGUAUGAAUGUUCUUUUUUUAAAAAUUCCAUUUAUGCCAGAGUGUUUUUGUUUGUUCUUUAAGAGCUGAUGAGAUGAGUUUGGAGUGCAGAGCAGGAUUUGGAUCAAGUCACAGUAUUAUUAUCAACUUUUCAAAGGUCAACAUUCUCUUCUUUUUUUUUCUCUUUUUUUUUUUUUUUUAAGCAAAAAAAAAAGAAUCCUAUGGUUUACUGUGUUGACACUUGUGGCAAAAUAUUCAAAGCAUAAUAAAUAUGGAACUCUCCAAAAUGGGUUGGGUUUUAGUGUUUUUUUUUUAAACCAUUUAAUAAAAAUUUAAUGUAAGCCCUUUUUCCUGAA